AUUCAAAGCAAAAAACGUGCAAGGUUGGCGUAUGUUAUUGGUAUAUUCGAUGUACACUUAAAAUAUUAUAGUUUUGAUGAUAUAAAUCUUUCAUUAACGAAAAAACCAAAACGUUGUAUUCAAAACAAACCAACUAAAACGUAUAUUCACUUAAUUCAAGAUUGAAAAUCAUAAACUUCAAUUAAUGAUUUAAAAAUUAACAUUUUGGUAUAAAAAGCAGAAAGAAACAGAAAUAAUUGUUAAGUGAAAUUUUGAGUCACCAAUUUAAAAAAUCUAAGUAUUAAUCUUUCAUUUCAAUUCCUUACUCUCGAAAAAAGUUGUCUCGCUGCUGACAUCAAUCAAUGAUAGAUCCUUAUUAAAAUAUUAUCAAUUGAUCAUUUUGAUUUCUAUCCCAUAAAUCUGUGUGGUUGUUACAUAAUAAUAAAGGUUUCAUUAAUACACUUGGCUGCCAUCAAUUAUUUGCAAUUCUCCGUUCAUUAAUUAGCGAAUUCUUUUUAUUAUUUACUAAGAUUCCGUUACUUGAUUGGUUAAUUAGUGCUUAAGUGGUUAUCAAGGUUGACUAAUCAUGGACUUGUCAUUGGUGCCUGGCUCUCACGAGUUCUCUUCGUUCACCAAUGCGACUCGGGUGACUCCGAGAGAGAAACAGCCGAAGAGUUACAUGUUCAUACUCGACACUCCAGACCAGUCGGAGCACGAAGGAUCAGUCAAGGACUCUGACUCUGACUUGAGCGAGACCCAAAAGCAGGCGCAGCAGUUGAUCCAGCAGUGGAGUGAGGCCCAGUUCGAGAUAGACCAGAGAGACAGGGGCAAAAAGAGGGGGGAGUUGGUGGACAGGUAUCACAGACAGUACUUGGAGGCACUGCAGAAACAGGAAGCUAGAGAAGUCAUCAAUCCCAUCAUUGAAUGCGAACAUUGCGUGGAAGAGCUCAAAUCCGACAGGCCGAAAGAGUACUUAGCCGACUACUUGGACAUGAUCAAACAGGACAGAUCAGGAACUAAGAGCCAAUCAGAGAAGAGCAAAGUGGAGGAUGUGAAAUCAUUAGAUGAGAUCACGUGUCAUAUGCAGGCUACAAUCGAGGAGCAUGAAGACAAGUUGAGGAAGCUGGAACAAAGGCUGAAGGAACUCAGUGCUGGGCGGGAUCAAUCGUACGAAAUUGAGCAGAGUCUAGGAGUUAAGCCAGUAGAAAUUCCAAAGAGCACUAUGCAGCCAAAGUUCCAACGCAUCAUGAGCCAGAAGAAGAAGCGAAGCAUUGAGAUACGGGAGAAGAGUCGAGAGAACUUGAUACGCGACCAGAGGCCAUUCUCAUUCUACAAUCGAUCCGAAACUUCAACAUCUGCUGACUGCUCGAACAGACAUUGUAAAUGUUUGGAGCCUGCGGAUGAUUCAUACCUGUAAAAAGUCACAUUUACU